CCGCCAGGUGCUGCCCCUGGCGCUCAGCUUCUGCGGCUUCGUGGUGUUCACCAACCUGUCCCUGCAGAGCAACACCAUCGGCACCUACCAGCUGGCCAAGGCCAUGACCACGCCGGCCAUCGUGGCCAUCCAGAGCCUCUUCUACGGCAAGAGCUUCCCGCUGCGCAUCAAGCUCACCCUGAUUCCCAUAACUUUAGGUGUAUUCCUAAAUUCCUAUUAUGAUGUGAAGUUUAACUUCCCUGGAAUGGUGUUUGCUACCCUUGGUGUUCUAGUUACAUCCCUUUAUCAAGUGUGGGUAGGAGCCAAGCAGCAUGAGUUGCAAGUAAACUCUAUGCAGUUGCUGUACUAUCAGGCACCAAUGUCCUCUGCCAUGUUGUUGUGUAUCGUUCCCUUCUUUGAGCCGGUAUUUGGAGAAGGGGGGAUAUUUGGACCCUGGACAUUUUCUGCUGUGCUAAUGGUGCUGCUGUCUGGUAUAAUAGCCUUUAUGGUAAACUUAUCCAUUUACUGGAUUAUUGGAAACACAUCACCUGUCACGUAUAAUAUGUUUGGACACUUCAAGUUCUGCAUCACUCUUUUGGGAGGGUACCUGUUGUUUAAAGAUCCACUGACACUUAAUCAAGUCUUUGGGAUUCUAUGUACUUUGUUAGGCAUUUUAGCUUAUACCCAUUUCAAACUUAGUGAGCAGGAAGCAAGUAAGAGUAAACUGGUGCAACGUCCAUAAAUCAAGAUAUUCUGGAGAUAAUACAGCAUCAGAGAGAAGGAAAACAAAUAUUAAAUAUGCACUGAUUGCAGACUGGGUAAAAUAGCUGACAUAAAAUCUGUAUUAGUACUGCCACCUAAUCACCAUGCUGAAAUAAAAUUAAUCAUUACAUAAGACAUAUUUGCCAUCUUACUCCAUCCUAUAUUUACGUAGUAACAUUUUUAAAAAAUUAAGUAGCCUGUGUUAGGAAUGUUCAAAUGAAUGUAUUUAGGUAAAUGUGCAGUCGCUGAAAUCUUCAGCAUUUACACAUUUAUACACCAGGGAGAUGGCUCCUCAGGAGCCGCCUGUUUCCUAUGUCCCCUUCCAUCCCCCACCUGUGCUGCUGCCUCUGUAUCUGCUGCCUGUGUGUGGGGCGAAACUGCCUAAAUAACUUUCUGCUGAAGGGAUCAGAUAAAAUUAUUAAUGAAGUGGAGACUCAGGCAACAAAUUUGUCUAGUUAUAAAAACCAAAUGCCCCAAACUUUGGGAACACUUGAAACCUGCUCUGAAUUUAGCAGCUCAAGUUCAUCUCUAGUUCUACCAAGAUAUUCAGUAAGUCACUAAACGUUCUGUUUCUGCUUCAUGAUUUUCCAGUGUCAAAAAUGGACUUUCACAAGAACUUCUGAACCAUUGUGGGCUUUGUAAACCUACGUAGUUUGCUUUUAAUUGACAAAGGAAAACGGUUUUGCAAGUAAGACACAAAAGCACCCACCUGUUUAGGUAUCUGUGGCCAAUGAGAGCUAUGAUUGCCCUGUACCUGUAGAGGUAGAGGUAAACAUAGCAGCAGCAGCAGCCCAUCAGGGACUAACCCUUGUAGGCCACCGAUUUUUUUAUUGCCUCCUACUGAUGUGGGAGGUGACCCUCCUGUUUGAGCCUUUCCUUUUUGUGCCCCUCAUGCUGUAUAUCCCUGAAAGGGCAAGGUACAUCCUAUGUUUGCAGGUUUCGUUGUUACUGUUUGCAUAGGGAAAGGCCAAUGGAUUGCUAGGAAAUUUAAACUGUCAUGCUAUCCAUAAUAGAAAGACAAAUCUCUUCAGGGAAAUCUGCAGCAGAUCUUUGGACGAGCAGAGGUUCCUCUGUAAAUUUUGAGUGCUUUGAAGAUUACCUUGGGCCAGCACUGUGCAUAGUUUUUUGGCUAUUUAGAAAGGAAGUUUUGAGGGCCAUACUGUAGAAAAUGGAAAAUUGUCAGUUUCCUUGCUUUCAGAAAAUGUGGUAGAUAAGGAUGUAAUAGUAUGAUCAAGUAAUUGAUUAACCCCAUGUUUCUCAAACUGGGGGUCCUGACACCCCCUCCCGGGGGGUCACGAGCAACUUAGAGGUAGGUCGCGAGCAACUUAGAGGGGAGUUGCAGUAUCACAAAGUUUGAGAACCCCUGGAUUAACCAAUAAGUAAAGCUUGUAGGUUAAUACUGUAGAAUACAUGCAUUCCCCCUUUGCCAGUACAUUUUUAAGGAGGCUGUCCAACAGCCUGGCUCAGUCCCAGUUUGCUCUGCGUAUGGGACCUACCCUGAUGCAGCUCUGCAUUUAAAGUGUAUUAGGAGCUGGGUGGAUGGGCAGGCAGCCCGCCUCAGUCCUGGCUUGCACUGAGUCUGGGAGCUCAGACCUCCCACCCCGGACAGUUGCUGUUGCCACCCCGUGCUGCUGCCUCUGAAUAAGAGACUGCAGUGUGGGGUGGCAGGCAGCCAGUCUGUGUGGGGGGCUAGUUUUAAAACUGUCUCUCCUUGUGGGAUGUGAAGGACUAGUCGCUCCUUCUCCCCUUGGCCUCUAUCAGAAAGAGGCAGUGGGGAAGGGGGAGGAAGAAGGGGUACUUCAAAGCGACAGUGCCGAGUGGAGCCUGGAGCCAAACCCAGGCUCCAUGCGGUGCUGUCACUUUGAAUGCUGUCUGCAGCCUGGGGCCAGCUGGGGUGUCCUCAGGCCACUAGUGGCAUUUUGAAGUGGCAGCUCCGCAUGGAGCUCAGGAUCAGCUGGGGACCCCGGCUUUGAAACACUGCAUGCAGCUCAAGGUCAGCAGGGGAGUCCCCAGCUGAUCCUGGAUUCUGUGCAAUGUUGCCGUUUGGAAACCCUGCAGAGAGCUCAGGGUCAGCCAGAGUCUCCAGCUGACGCUGGGAUCCAUGGGGCACUUUCGCCUUUGAAGUGUAGCAACAGGUACAGGGCUGUUGCUACACUGCGAAGGCGCCCUAUCGACUAAUCGAUGCAAAACACAUUGACUAUUCGAUUAGUCAGUUAUUCGCCAUUUAACAUCCUUAUCACAGACCAGCUCCAGCCUGGCACCCCGUGCUGCUGCCUCAGAGAGACACAGCAGCACAAGGUAGCAGGGAGCUCCUCAGGAGCCGGAGUGUACUGGCUGCCAGCCCCACCCUUUGGGACUAUACAAUAGUCAACUAACCAAUAAGAAUUCAGGAGGUUAAUCAACUAUUCAAUUAACUGAUAUUUAACAUCCCUAGUGGCAGAAACACGUUUGUCAGAUUGGCAAGUGAUUAGAAUUUAUUUGCACUCCUUCACUGGGAUUUUGUUUUGUUUUCAUUUAUGUAUAGUAGCUUUAAAGAGGAAAAUCAUAUGAACUGAAAUGUGUUUGGGUUUUACAGCCACCCACAGCUGUAAAUGAUUGGAUAGAUUAUCUAAGCUUCUUUACAAUUUAAAUUAUCAGAAAUCUUUAAGCUAUGAUAACGUGUAAGAAGCAAUCUCAAUCAAGUAAUUUUUACAGUUUGGUCUGUUUUCAGGCUUAUUAAUUCAGAUAUUGGAGUUCGAUUUUCAAAUAAUUACUCUAUUGUUUCAGUGUUAUAAACAGCUUACAUCGGGGUGGCCAACCCGUUACAAAUAGCCAAAAUAGUGGUGGAUACAGCACAAAGAGCAGAUGAAAAGAAGUUGUUGAGCAAAAAAACCAACCAAACAAAAAAAAAACCGCUGCCCCUUUAAGGGCCGCAUGUGGCCCAUGCAGGCUUCCAUCAGCCGCAGCAUCAGAUCUCGCUGCCCCACAGCGCUGUGAUCAGACAAGGAAAAAAGGUCAGAGCAGGGAAAUGUGGAAUAGCCGCGGGUGUGGGAGCCGCAAUUUUUCCUUUGAAGAGCCGCAUGCGGCUCAGAAGCCGCGGGUUGGCCACCCCUGGUUUACAUCUUUACCAUCAGUAAAGGCAUUAUACAGGUGUAAGGGAAAUUUAUAUAAAUUUUUAUAUAUCUAUAAUGUAUUAGAAUUUAAAGACAAAUAUGUGCAGAACAGUGCAGUCUUUAGGUGCAUAUUCUUCAGUGAAUGUACUGAGAAAACAGUUUGCAUUGAUUUGUGCUGUGCACAAGCUGUUCUAAAAUGUAAAUACACCACAAGAACAUUGUAUGAUGGUGCAAAUGAUUUUCACCAUAGCAGCUGAUCUUCAAAAUGACAAAAAACAAAAUUAAGAAAGUAAUUCAAAAGCAUUGACAACUGAAAAGGCUACACUAUAAAUAUAGUCUGUGGCUGGAAAAUGUAUGUGUCCUAUUGAUGACAGGAAGUGACUGGAUUUUUUUCAUAUUUAGCAGUUCUACUUUGGGUUUUACCUAGUAUGACUGAUGAAUAAAAUAAUUCUUGAACUUC